AACAGACCUUCAGUCAGUUGGAGUGAAGGGAACAGGUUGGAAAGAGCCCGACGGAGGCUCGUACAAUCAAAUACUGUUGGUUGCAGGUUGUAACCGGACUUAACACACAAGCUGGAAGGGCUCAGUGCAGCGUGGGUGCCCAGGGAUCCACUGCCUGAGUGUGGGGAGAACAGCGGCCGAGACCCCAGAGACAUGAACCACACUAAGGGUGGCCUGGUAAUCUUCACCGCCAAUUCACAUCCCUCAAGCCGCGAGCUGGGCAAGAGGAUUGCAGAGCGGUUAGGGGUGGAGCUUGGCAAGGUGCAGGUGUACCAGGAAGCUAACAGAGAAACGCGGGUACAGAUCCAAGAGUCAGUGCGAGGCAAAGAUGUCUUUGUCAUCCAAACGAUGUCAAAGGAUGUCAACACCACUAUAAUGGAGAUGCUGAUCAUGGUGUACGCAUGCAGGACAUCCUGUGCCAAAAGCAUCACGGGCGUCCUCCCCUACUUCCCCUACAGCAAGCAGUGUAAGAUGAGGAAAAGGGGAUCCAUCGUGUCCAAGCUCGUUGCCUCGAUGAUGUGUAAAGCUGGCCUCACCCACCUGAUCACCAUGGACCUCCAUCAGAAAGAGAUUCAAGGCUUCUUCAACAUCCCAGUGGACAAUUUGAGAGCCUCCCCGUUCCUGCUGCAGUACAUCCAGGAAGAGAUCCCUGACUACCGAAAUGCUGUGAUUGUUGCCAAGUCCCCAAGUUCUGCCAAAAGGGCUCAGUCAUUCGCCGAGCGGCUGCGUCUUGGUAUAGCAGUGAUCCACGGCGAAGCUCAGGACGCAGAAUCAGACCAAGUAGACGGGCGACAUUCCCCGCCCACCGUAAAGACCACUGGAGCCAUUCACCCCAGCAUGGAGAUACCAUUGUUGAUCCCUAAAGAGAAGCCCCCCAUCACUGUGGUAGGAGACGUCGGAGGACGCAUUGCCAUCAUUGUGGAUGACAUCAUCGAUGAUGUUGACAGCUUUGUGGCGGCAGCAGAGACGCUGAAGGAAAGAGGGGCCUACAAGAUUUUUGUCAUGGCAACACACGGCCUCCUUUCCUCAGAGGCCCCCAGGUUCAUAGAGGAGUCGGCCAUCGACGAGGUGGUGGUGACCAACACAAUUCCCCACGAGCUCCAGAAGCUCCAGUGUCCAAAGAUCAAGACGGUUGACAUCAGCAUGAUCCUGUCAGAGGCCAUCCGCCGCAUUCAUAACGGAGAGUCUAUGUCCUAUCUGUUCCGCAACAUAGGAGUGGAUGACUGAAUGACCUGAAUCACACACACACACACACACACACACACACACACACACCAUCUGCCUUCUCACUCCUCUCCUGACACACACAGAUGAAUGAGUCAGCACACUGAUGUGGUGUCUGUAUCAUAACAUACAAAUAUGAAUGCUAACUUUUCCUUUGAUUGCAGCUUAACAGAUGUGAUUGAACACUCACUUACAAACAUACAUAUCUAAACACACAUUUACACACAAAGUCUUGUUCAUAGCUAUGACCACACACACUGAUUAAUUUCUUUACUGGACACUGAAGGGUCACUGCCGAGCUCUCCACUGGCUGUGCUCUACACACCUCAGUACCUUCUGUAGUUAACUCUGUCUUGUCUUUUCUUUCCCUCCUUCCCCCAGAGAAUGUUGGGGUUAAAUCUGUUCAUGUUAGCUCACGUUUGUUAGCUCUGAAUGUCUCUGAUGUUAAUAAUAAAGGAGAUUGUACUGAU